UAGAAGAUGGCUGGGUAAACCCCGCAUCAUUGAAGUUGAGAAUGGCAUUACCAUGGUUUAAGGGAGUCAGUAAACUCGGCAUUGAGAAUUGGCUGCGUAAACCCCGCACGAUCAGAGAAAAUUUGAGACAGUUACGAACAUAG